GACGGCUCCUUCCCUCUGUGGCAGACGGCGGCGGUGGAGGAAAUGAAGGCAAGUUCCUGCCCUGGCAGGAGCCAUUAGUCCCUAAAGCGGCGGCAGCCGGGACUUGCUGCGCUCCCGCACCCUCCGUGGACGCCGGGUGCCACCGCGGUCCGACGAGCUGCGACCCCCGCCCUCCCUCCGAGCUGUGCCCCGUCCGGGUCGGCCGCCAGGCCGGCCGCCCUUCCUCCUCCCUCGGGGGAGGGGCAGGGCUAGCGGGCCACACCACCGAGCACUAGCCGAGUGCCUGGAGCCCGCGCCAGGUGCACUGGAACCAUGGGAAGGCAGGGGCAGGGGCAGGGGCCAGACGUGGAUCCAAAGCCUUCCUCCCCCACUCCUUUGACUCAGGGAACAACUGAUGCCUAAAAGCUGGUCUUCCUUUUCCAGGGACAGGACUCCUGCCCUGGCCCUGCUAGCCUGGCUGUACAUUUGGCUUCCUACCUGAAGGGCUGCCCCUGCUGCCAGCUGCUGGAGGGCCACCGGGCCCCCUGUGCAGCCUGGGCACAGGGUGGACAACCCCUCCUCCAGCUCCCAGUCACUGGGCAUGGCGGCCCCUGGUCGGAAGAGAAAAGCCAACUUUUCUAAUGAUGAGACAGAGACGCUGGUGUGGAACGUGGUUCGGCAUUUUGGGGCCCUGUACGGGGCUGAGGCCCUUCGCACCCAUUCUGCCCACCGAAACCAGCUCUGGGGCCAGAUCCAGAGCCGAGUGAACUUCCUGGGUUAUACUGAACGCUCCGUGGAAGACCUGAAACACAAGUGGCGGGAUCUACGGCUGGAUGUCAAGCGGAAGCUCACUUCCAGGAAGGGUCCCCCUGGCAGCUGUGGCCCCCAGAAGGCCCGCCUCACCCCCUUGGAGAAGAUGGUGGCCUCCACCUUUACCCAGGCCAGCCCAGAGGCAGAACCUGAGGCAUUCUUUGACUCUGAGCCUGGCCUCGAGCCACCGAUGUCUCCGACCCUUCGAAAUGGCAUGAUGGUCUCCUAUGCUUCCGUGGACGAGGAGGAUGAAGACACCCAGGCAGCACCUGGCCACCUCAAGGAAGGAGAGGAAGAGGAGGAGGAGAGACAUGGGAUGCUGCUGCUGCGACACUGCAGCUCACGGACGUCUCUCGCCUCCCUUGCUGAGGACGGAGGAGAAGCCCCUCCUGACUGGGCUGUCCCUGCUGUGGUCAGCGACUUCAGCCAGGUUCUCAGCCCCUCCCAGCUGCCCCCACCUUCACUUGAAGAUGAAGAGAGAGGAGAUGGGAGCGGCAGGGGCAGACCUCGGGGUCUGAGUUGGGAGAAGCUGGAGGAUGUGGCCCCCUGUUCCCCACUGUUCCGAGAGGAAUCUCUUCCUUCCUCAGCCUCACCAAGUGGGGAGCCCCUCCGGGGGGGUAUGAGCUGCUCCCGGAGCGCUCGGGAGGCCUGGCGGACUAACCUGCAUCGGCUCUUGGACCUGGAAGAACAGUGGGAUCAACUGUACCACCAGGAGCUGGGUGUUUGGCAGGAGGAGAGGGCCCAGCAACGGGAGGAGCGGGCCCGAGACCGUGAGCUGCAGUCCCGCCUUCUCAGCGUACUCACAGACAUUAGAGAUGAACUUCGCUACUUGCGCCAAGAGAGGGCCUUUGCCCGACAGAGCGAAGCCAUGGCAGCAUCCACCACUGCCAACACAGCCCAGAGUCUCUCCCCACCUCCAGCUUUCCCCACCUUAGGGACCCCCCUCUCAGGGACCUCACCACACUCUGGCUCCUCUUUCUUUGAGCCUGGCUCGGGGCUUGGCUUCUCAGGCCCUCCCCUUGCCAGCACAGGCCGGGGGGAGUCAGUAGGACUGAACCACAGUGGAAGGCCACCACGUCGAGGCCGAGGAAGACCCAGAGGCUCCACAUCAAAACACAAAAGGCUCUCCUUAGCUCACAGCUAGGGGAGAAGAAGGGAAUUGGGGUGGGGGGCAUGUACUGAGAGACUUUUUAAAAAGUUUAAAACAAAAUGAUGUUAAUAAAAAAAUUCAACACG